AUGUCUCGUCCGCCGCUUGACCGUAAUCUGGCCGCAAAUAUGACGGAAGGUUUGCAAGGUGCGUGGGCUUCUUUGAAUGCUCCUCGGUUGACAUCAUUGCCCGACCACCGCAAAACCGGCAGAACCAUCUUGGCCGGAUAUCAUCAGACGCAGCUGGCUCAAAAACUGACGAGUGAAAAUGAUAAUUCUGGGGAGGGAACAUUUCAAUGGACCAACAACAGUCAUGUACCAACCCACUCCCCCCCGCAACCCAUCCUCGUUGAUGACAACAAUACCGGAGCCCCUGUCCCCGCACCUGCCCCACGUGCCAAGCGACCUCGUCGUGUUGCUAGCCAGGCCAUUUCCCGCACCCCUCGAGUGCAUCCCGCAGGCCAUGAAGAUCAUGCUCACAUUAUUACCCCCAGCCGGAUCAUUACCGACUCUGGCGGGCGGCCAGGCCCCGCACUAGAUCCCCAUAUUCAACAGCCUAUUAUCACACCCACCCAUAUCGGCGGCCCGGUCAUCACCCCAAGUCGGAUAAUCGGUAGCCCGGUCAUCACCCCCAGUCGGAUAAUCCACAGUGGAAGUGGUUCCAGAGCUCCGAGCAUUCAUCGACAACCCAGUGUUGGUCCUAUUACCCAUCCACCCCCAGAUCCCAUGUCCGAAGACAAAACCCGGGAUGAAGAGCCGCCGCGCGGAUCAACCUCGGACGACAAGGCUUACAGUGUCUAUGGUAGUAUGGACGGUUUUAUCCGACCUCCACCGCCCCGCGGUCUUCCGAGUAUCACAAUUCCGAGCGAGGACCGGGAACUUCCCCCAGCUCACUCGCAAACUCCCUCAGCUGCCAACCGCCGAACCCCUGUCAAUCGCCAAACUCCUGCCAUCCCCCAACCCCCGCAAACGUCAGCAGCAGUACACCGUCCCCCCCAAACCCCAACUACACAUGUCCACACUCCUGCCCACGCAGCCCAAGCCCCAGCCCCACCUUGCCAAGUACUCCGAGCGGCCAAUGACCCACUGGUGGAGUCACUGCUCGCAUCGGCUCAGCUGUCUGAUACAGACUUACAGCUAGCGCGGCAACUUUUCAACGCGCCGGAACGAAGCCAUUGGAGCUUAACAGUUGUCAUGUGGAUGACGCAACGACGUGCCGCUGCAUUGCCCGCUGCUCCUGUUGCAGCCAACGGUACAGCUCAUGUGUACAGCCAGGUUUUCUGGACCCGAGUGCGCCAAACGAUCCGAGAGAUUCUCAUGCGAAGCACACUGGAAUCAUACAGCCGGGCCCAAUCAGCACACGGGCACAUCUUUGUGCAUUCUCCACUGCCCCUAAUCCAAAACUAUGUAUUGGAGCAAUCUCCAGCAUUCAGGAGACAGCACCUACCUGCGGGAAUCCCGCAAAAUAACAAAUCGAUGGCGGGGCUCGUGACCUUCUUACAAAGUAUGGUCAAACACGAACGCACUCAUAUGCGAAACUUGCUCUUGUCAAAUGUUCGACAGGAGUCUCGGCCUCAAGAGCUUGGGCCGGUCCCAAGGCUCUUUGACCUCAUCGUCACAAUCAAUCGGUCCUUCCAGCCAAGGGGUGUCCUGCGAGGCCCUGCCGAUAUACGGCAGGAUCUCAAUACGGGUGUGAUGGUGCGAAUCGCCAUGCUUCGACUACUCACUGUUCACCACCUCAUCCAUCGAGCCCCGGGCGACACCAGGUCCCAAUGGGACCUAAUCGACGAUCAGUUGGAGUCUGUUAGGCAGAAAUCAGAUGUUGAGCUACAAGCGUGA